CGUUGUUUUGUUUCUAUUUUAGUUUCGCCGCGCGAAAAAAAAGCAUAUAAAUACCAUGGAAUACACCGCUCAUGAUUACAUUAAGUAAUGAAACUUCGGGGCGAUCACUUGCGAUUCAAAUAAUAAACAAACAAAUACCAUUUUAUAUUUAGUGGUAUUUGAUUCAAAUUGAAAAAGAUUCGAGCCAAGUUUUUAUUUCGGAUGUAAAAACUGAGAUAAACGCCGUUAUCCAUUGUGAAUAUUCUUCCGGUGAAUUGUGCUACAGUAUAUUUGAGUGGCAUUUCUCAGUGAAUGCAUGAUAAAUUGGAUUGAUAGAAAAAUGUUCAUUUAAGUCAAAUAAAAACGGUUUCUUUUUCGACACAAAGUGAGAUUUCUAUAGUUUGAAAUAGUUAGAAAAAAUUGGAAAACUUUUGUUACCAUGACUUACCAAACUCAUAAUAUAUCUGGAAGAUAUUCAAAUGCAUGGCAGCGACGCACAACUUUGGAGAAGGUGUUAUUAUCUUUUUAUGUCGUAUUGGGCGCGAUUAUUGUGACGUCACUUGUCUUUUAUUUCAUUGUAUUCGAUCAAAGCGCAGGCAAUAAGGGAUUGUGCUAUUCUACCGGUUGCAUUACAGCUGCUGCUCACAUUUUAAAUGCCAUUGAUACAUCGGUUGAGCCUUGCCAUGAUUUCUAUCAAUUCGCGUGCGGAAGUUUUGUAAAGAACACUUGGAUUCCUGAUGAUAAGUUGACCGUUGAUACAUUCUCAACGUUGUCAGAUCAAAUUGAUAUACAAUUACGAACAAUCAUUGAAGAUGAGACUGAUCCCAAUGAAUCAAAUGUUUUUGCAUUGGUGCAAAAUUUACACAAAUCAUGUAUGAAUAGGACAGCUGUAGAGGCACUUGGAUUGGAACCAUUUAAGAAAAUUUUACAAAAAAUUGGAGGCUUUCCAGCAAUUGACAAUCAAUGGAAUGAAAGUAGCUGGGAUUGGAUUCAAUCAAUUCAUGAAAUGCGAGAAGUCGGUCUAACAACUAACUAUUUACUGAGCACAUCAAUUGGUGCUCAUUUAAAAAACUCGUCCACUAGAUCGUUGCGGGUUGAUCAACCGGAAUUCGGUUUGGCACGUGAAUUUCUGUUGAACGAAAAAGAUCCAAUGCUUCAACAUUACUAUGAUUACAUGGUUGACAUAUCGAUCAUUUUUGGAGCCAACGUGACGACAGCCCCUUAUGAGAUUUUAAAUGUUCUCAACUUUGAGCGUGAAUUGGCAAAUAUUUCUCUGCCACAAGAAGAGCGAAGAGAUGGUGAAGCUCAAUACAAUCCAUUUACAAUAGCACAAUUGGAAACGAAAUAUCCUCACAUCAGAUGGACGGAAUACUUCAAUGCAUUAAUGCCUAAGGACAUGAAACUGUCACAAACCGAGACAGUUGUUGUUGUUGCACCGGUGUACUUCGAGCGGCUGGCCGCAAUACUAGAAAAUACUCCAAAGCGAACGAUAGCCAAUUUUUUUGCAUGGCGAUCAUAUAUCGUAUCGUCAAACUUUCUGAACGAUCAAGUUCGUAUUCGAAAAAUUCAAUAUCUUAGCUCUGUAACGGGUAAUGGUGAUGGAAAAUCUGGUCAGGCUGGCACAUCACAAUGGAAAGAAUGUAUUUCUUAUACCACAUCGACGCUUUCACCGGCAGUUGGUGCUUUAUAUGUGCGCAAAUAUUUCAAUGAAAAAUCAAAGCAACAUGCUUUGGAAAUUGUUGAUAAUAUUAGAAGUUCAUUUAUUGAUAUGCUACAUAAAGUGCAGUGGAUGGAUGAAACGACAAAAAAAGCCGCAAUUGCCAAAGCCAAUGCAUUAAUCGCACACAUUGCCUACCCGAAAGAAUUGACAAAUAACACAUAUUUGGAAGAGUACUACAGUACAUUAGAAAUGAACGCUGAUGAAUAUCUAUUGAAUGCAAUGCGCUUGAAUAAAUUCAAAACGGAAUAUGCGCUGCGUGAACUGUAUGAACCAGUUGAUAAAAUGGACUGGCUUGCGCAUGCAACGCCCGCAAUGAUAAAUGCAUUCUACAGUGCGUUAGAAAAUUCCAUUCAAUUCCCGGCUGGCAUACUUCAAGGCCAAUUUUUAUCCGAACACAGGCCAAACUAUAUGAAUUACGGAUCGAUCGGUCAAAUUAUUGGUCAUGAAAUCACUCACGGUUUUGAUGAUUUGGGUCGCCAAUUUGAUAGCUUUGGAAAUCUUAAAGAUUGGUGGAUGCCUCAGACAAAGUCAAAAUUCUUGAAACGUACGAAAUGCAUCAUCGAGCAAUAUGGAAAUUUUACCGAACCCAAAUUGAAAAUGAAGGUGAAUGGAAAAAUGUCACAAGGUGAAAAUAUUGCUGACAAUGGUGGCAUGAAGAGUGCUUAUUUUGCGUAUAAAAAGUGGGUUGCCAGCAAUUAUGUUGAAUCGCGAUUGCCGGGAUUGCAACAAUAUACACCACAGCAAAUGUACUGGAUUUCAGCCGCCCAGACAUGGUGCUCGGCGAGUCGUGAUUGGUAUACAAAGAUGACAAUGACAGUCGAUACACAUGCACCAAGUCGCUAUCGAGUUAUUGGUUCUGUAAAAAAUAAUGCCGAAUUUGCAAGCGAUUUCAAUUGUGCACGUGGAACGCCAAUGAAUCCGGUGGAAAAGUGUGAAAUUUGGUGAUUUUAGCUGUGUAUAUACAAGUAUUAAAUAACGGAUUGACAGUGAGCGAUUCAUUGGUUUCAACUCGAUUUAUAGAGUUUUUAGCCCAAAAAAAUGUGACAAAUUAGACUAAUUGAAUGAUAAAUAAAAUGAUUUUACUUCGUAUAAA